AUCUGAAAAUGGCGGGUUCUCAUGAUUCUGGUUCAUGCGAUUGCUGUGGCACUUCAAGUGAUCGCAGCAAUGCCAACUCUGAACGAAGGCAACAGCAAAACAAUAAUCAACCAAGACCACAGCAGCAGCAAAGACCCGUAUUACCACCUUUACCCAUACAACCGAUAUUACCAGCACCACCACCAAAUGCAUCUCUUGCUGCCGCUGCUGCUGCUCCACCACAACAACCACCGCUGCCGCUAGUACGUGAAAAUCUUAGAUUACCACCAGAUCUACAAAAUAAUAAUGCAAACAACAACAAUAAUAAUAAUAACAAUAACUUAACAACUCAUCAUAAUGUCGCCCACUAUGUGAAUCAAGUCAACUUACACUUGAAUUUAACCAACAACAAUCACCAACAUCAGGCACAACAAAAUGUGCCACAGCAACAGCAGCAACAACAACAAGCACAACCACCUCAAUUAGCACGUGAUUAUGUCUACAAUAACAACAAUAAUCACAUUUAUGUUAAUCCACACUCGUAUGAUACAAACACUGCCGCUAGUCUUACCACAACAGCCUCGCAUACUGCCACUGGAUCAACUGCAGCCGCAGUAUCCCUUAAUACCACAUCAACGGCAGCUGCUUUAGGAGCGGUGGCCUCCUUGCCAGCACCAGCUGGCGAUCAUGAGAAUAAUAAUGGCACGGGCACGGCUGCCGGCGGGGGUGAUCUUACACGCCAACACACAUCCACAACUUUGAGUACAUUGAAUACAUAUCUUUUCCCAUGCGGAGCAGACUCGGCCGGCACUAUAGGUGGCAUCACAUUCAACGGCAGUCAAUCGUGUGAUUUAGAUUCGAACUUUAGCCGCAUGGUGGCUGGUAGUGAGGGCGGCAGCUCAACCAUUAGUUCCGGCUUGGGUUUCAUCAACAAGAGACGCAUCAAACGUUUGUUUGGUGUCGGCAAUGGCGGGCCCUACACAUCGGCUCUUCGACGUCGCAGCUCCCAUUUGAUACAAUUUCAAACAGCCGCCCUGGCUGCCAAAAAGCAACAGCAAAUGGAACGUGAAGCUACGGUCGCCUCGGCAAAUGCAGCCUUUUACGAACAGCAGAAAAAGAAAAAAGAGAAAAAGAAAACCCCCGGCCCACCGCCUCAAGUUCGAGCUCAAGCCACUCGUCAAAUGGACGAUCCCAUGAUGAAUCGUCCUCGUCGCACUACACCCAAAUCCAAAGACAAGGAUGAUCCUCUGCAGCAGCAACUAAAUCCCUACGAGCAGAAGGAAAUCUUAUAUGAGAAGUAUUUUUGUUUAUAUGGAAUACAAAUUAAUUUAUAACAAUUCUAUGCAAUUUCAAUUGAUAAACCAAUUAAAAAUAUUUUAAAAUUUUA